AUGAGCAUUAUAGACUUAAAAUUAUCUUAAGUAUUUAUUAAGUUUAAAUCUGAAGAGACCUGAAAUAAUCCUUAUCAAAAUAUAACAGCUUAUAUCUGAAAAAUAUGUUUAUUAGGAAAUUAAUUUAAUAAUAGUAAGAACAGAAAUACCAUCAUUGAAUAUAUUGGUGAAUAAAUUUUUAUUAAUAUUUUAUAUAUAAUUAUUUACAAUAUUAAUCUAAUUAAGUUUGAGACUAGCAAAUUUAUAGGAUUAGUAGAAACUCCUUCUAUCAUAAAAUAUCAUUUUGAUCAUUCUCCUAUCAUAAAAUACCAUCUAGCUUACGAAAAAUAGACAAGAUUAAUAAAAAGUGAUAUCUUAUUCGUUAUUUUUGUUCAGUUUGUUUUGCCAACUUGAUCAAGCUUAUUGUCUUAUCAUCGAAAAUAUAAUAGUAAGAAGAUUCAAUAGCUAAUUUAGGAUAACUGAUAGCAAAGCUAUCAAUUUUCAAGUUUUCAAAAUGAUUAAUUGUUCUUGA